AUGUCCGCAUUUCGCUCUUUGGCAGAGCUGUUUGACCAGACCUAUGCCGACACCAACUCUCCUCAAUGCCCCUACAUUGUGAGGACUGGAGGCCCAUGCAGGAACUGGAUGAGCCUCAAAGUCUCCGAAAAGACGAAAUCAAUUGUCGCGGAAUAUCUUGGCAUCUUCACUGGAUCCUUUCGCGAAUCUACCAACGCAGCCCCCCCUUUCCAAUUCUUCCAAAUGAUCGCCAAUAUAAACCUGUGCAAGAACCAUAAAAAGCACGCCAAUCAUGCAACAGAACAGUGGCUCAACGAGUUUACUGAAGAGAGAUCUUCUAUCAUUGGCAAGCUGAAAGAGUACUGCAGCCUCGGAAGUCAUGAUACGCAUGCCGGUGAAAAUGGAGAUUAUGCAGACGAGAUUGAUUCAUCGGCAAACAAGCCUUACUGUGACAACGGGGGGUCGGACGACGAAAAACGUCCAUCUGAAGGGAGAGAAGGUGUAUCGACACUUUCUAGCCAAUCCUCAUCGCCAAUUGGAGUUCUACGUCGUUCAGCUACACUAGCAGAAGAGGAAGUGGGAAAGAAACUCACCUGUCUUUUGGAGAAGCGUGCUGAAGGCAAUUCCCAGAAGCCCGGGUGGAUAUAUGCCUUACGUCCUCUUAACCUUCCAGGAAAAGUCAAAAUUGGCUAUACCCUGGAAACCCCUCGCUUUCAACGUUUGCAGUAUCACAAAAGGUGCACCAGUUUCGGCGACUAUGAAGUUCUGAUAGCAGAACUCAUACCUCAUGCGUAUCGUGUGGAACAGCUAGUUUUGACAGAGUUCUCUAAUGAGCACUAUCAGCUAGAGAAUCGUUGUAAGAGCUGCGAAGCCAUUCAUAAGGAGUUACUUGACAUCGACAGCGAAAAACUGUUGACGUGUCUUCGGAAGUGGAUCGACUUUGUCAAGUCUUCUCCAUACAACAAAGAAGGUCAAUUGACGAAAGAGGCCAAGGAUAAUAUACCCCUUCCUGCCAAGAGCGAAUUCCUUGGCUAUAAGCCAAAGCGCGGUCGCACGUCGAGGGGAACGACUCCAAAGAAGAAAUCAGGAGGCCAGGAUUCUCAAACCCCACCUCCGUCGAAAUUGGAUUUCACGGCGACCACAAAGAACUCGACAGUUCACGGGGCCGAGCUGAGUCAAGAUCAAGAUGAAAUAUGCUCGGCGCUCGAGAAUCUUCAGCUUACACCUUCGAAGCAGACGGGAGGCUUCAUGACAAGGUUAUUAUCCAUUGCCGGGAGUUUUUAUUCACCGUGA